UGUGUGGAGAUCGGAGUGCAGCCUUGGGUGUUGGUCCUCACUUCCGCCUUGUUUAAACAGGGUCUCUUCAUUGUUUACCACCACGAGUACCAGAGACUCUCCUGUUUCUGCCUCCUCCUUGCUGUGGGAGAACCGGGUUACAGAUGAGGGCUAUCACAUCUAAUGGGGAUCUAAACUCACGUUCUCAUGGUUGUGCAACAAGCCCUGGAAUAGUGUUUUUGAUAGACUAUUCCAGUCUGUCUCAGGCCCAUGCUUCAAUUGCUAAAGCAUCCUUUCUGAUUCUCUGGACGCUUGGUGCUUUGUCAAAAGUUGGGCUGUUUCAGAACCACCAUGUGCUUCAUUGCCUGAUGACCAGGCUCCCUUCACUGUGUUCACUGUUAGCGCUGAGGUCAGCCCGUCCUCCCAAGAAGACGCCCUGAUGACACUAUCUCAUAACCAGCCCCGAGAGGCUGGAAAGAGGAACUUGCCUCACCCAGAGCCACAACGCUAGGGAUGGUGCCUCUGACUGUUGGACCUUUGAUGUCUCCUGUGACCCUGGACAAUUGUCCUCAUUGUACAUGCACAGCCUGUAAGAGGCACAGCCAAAGCUAAACUGCUAUGUUCCCAUCCUGUCCAUCUGUCCAUGCUGUGUCUGACAUCACUCAGGGGCUUUCUGCUAUGAACUGUGCCUCAGAGCUGUGGUGGAAAGGUGGCCCCAUGAGAACUCAGUCACAAGUGGGUAAAUUUGGAAAGAUGUCUGUGAUAAUUUGUUUGUGUCAAGGUGGGGACAAAGCCUCAAGGCUUUGUUCCAGACCAAUCUUGAUAGGUGUAACUCAUGGUUUGUGACAAUGAUGGUCACAGUUUAGAGGAGAAGAGGGUGCAUUGCCACACAUAGUUUUUAUUCAUAAGCAAACUAGACUAGCUCUGCAGCCCAGAUGAGAGUGAAGUCAGGACUCAGGGCCUUGGCCGUGACCUUGUCCCAGGGCCCCUUUGGGUUUCAUCAGGGACUGGCUGCUCGCAUGCUCUUGGCAGCUCUGAGGGACUCUGCAGAGCCCACCUCAGGUCUUCUCCCUCACCAUACAUGCUGCUUUUUCUUUUUCAGCUCUGCCCUGUGUCUCAGGCAAUGAGAUUACUAAUGCAGCAGCAGUGGCAGCAGCAGCAGCAGCAGCAGCAGAGAAACGCUUGUGGAAUUGAACCAAGCCACUUGUGGACGUCAUACAGCUUUUCUUGUUUAAUUUGAAGGGAACUCAAGAAACUGUUGCAUUUUCUUAUCUGGUUCAUUAUAGUGAUUUAAACUAUAAAUACCAGAUAAAGUGGGGGAAACACACGUGCGUGCGCACUUGUGUGCACACACACACACACCACCACCACCACCAUCACCAGACUCACCAUCACCACCACCAUCACCAUCACAAUCACCAUCACCACCACCUCCACUAACACCAUCACCACCACCAGCAGCAGCAGCAGCAACAGAACUCUAAGCAUAUGGUGCCAUUCUCUAGCUGGGAGAUCAGGCCCAGAACUUUCUUUCUGUUUUAAAAUUUUAUUUUAUUUCAUGUAUAUGAGCUUUGACUAAAUUCAUGUAUGUGCUCCAUGUGUGUGCCUGAUGCCUGAGUCAGAAGUGGGCGUCAGACCCCCUGGAAUUUAAGUCACAGAUGGUUGAGAGGUACCAUGUGAGUUCUAGGGUCUGAACCCAGGUCCUCUGCAAGAGCAGCAGGAUGUACUGCGAGCCACCUCUGCAGCCCCGGGUCCCAGACUUUCUAUCUGCAGAACUCCGUUAUAAGAAGGCUAGUAACCUGGUGUUUGACUAGUGAAAGCCUCAGUCUCUGUGGUACAGAGAGUUAUAAAAGCCACCAUAGGAGGAGAGACAUCCCGGCAGGAAGCCAGUGGGGACAGCAGUUCAGACCUUGAGACUUCAGGUUUUUGGGCUGUUGUGAAAUUACUGUCUUAAGUGGUCUGACAAACCAGGCACCAGCGCAUGGGUGUGUUCUUCAUUAACAGGCACUUCGAACACUGUGUCUGAGUAUUCAUAAAAGUCCACAGUUUCUUAUCGACUACUCUGAGGUUCCAUAGGGUUUGGAACUCCCACUCUUUGCAUGAUGCAGAGAUGGGGUAGCACCAGUCAGGACUUCUUAGGCAGAUGUACACAGUCCCAGAGUCAAACAGGCCAUGCUUGACACCACAUGUGACCAAAAUGAGUCACGAAAGCUUGUGGUUUCCAGACAGUUUGCGGUUUUGAAAUUGUGUCUGAGCACUAGAAGUUUAUUUUCCUGACUUUGAAGCACAUCUUAUAAUCGAGUCAGGAACAAUAAAGCUGACUAAUGUGAAACAACCCGCCCGUCUUUGAAGAGAGCAGGCUGACAUAUCUGAUGCGGUUGGAAGACCGUCUUGUAGGCCUGGCCCGGAGUCCUCCUUUGUACUUUCUGCAUGUGCUUCUCACUGGUUGUACAGGCGGCGGCGUGCCAGUGCCAGGACUACCGUGGUGGCUGGCUCACAGGUGCCCUGUGCGAGGACCUCUGUGUGACUGGGGAGCUGCUGUACCAACGCUGCCUGUAUUACGAGCGUGGCAAGAAAGUGCUGCAGGCCCAGUGGAGAGGCCGGACUGUGGUCCUCAAAUCCAAGAGGGAGGCUUUCUCCAGCUUCCCUACCCUAAAUCUGCUGGAGGAGGAAGCCGGGCCAGGUGCCCCAGGCAUCCCCGAGGCUGAGCUGCUCCUGAUGGUGGCUGGGGAGGUCAAGAACACGCUGGGCUUGGAGCUGCCCAACAACAGCGUAGGUUCCCUGUGGCCUGCCAGGCAGGGGCCUGGCUGGCGGCAACAGCUGGCCAGUGCGUGGUCGCUGCUCCAGCAAGAGGAGUAUGUGUACUUCAGCUUGCUGCCAGAUCUGAGCCGACACAUCCUGCCUGUGCUGGGAUCCUGUGGCCACUUUUAUGCGGUAGAGUACUUGGCAGCCGGUAGCCCUCACCACAGGGCUCUCUUCCCUCUGGAUGGUGCUGGCCAGGCACAGGCUAUCAGCCACAUAGCUCUCAGUUUCCUGGACAUGGUGAGCCAUUUCGAAAGUGGCUUCUCCCACCGCCUCCACCUCUGUGAUAUCAAGCCUGAGAACUUUGCCAUCAAGAGGGACUUCACGGUGGUAGCUAUUGAUGUAGACAUGGCAUUUUUUGAGCCUAAGAUGAGGGAAAUUCUUGAGCAAAACUGCACGGGAGAUGAAGAUUGCAACUUCUUUGACUGUUUUUCCAAGUGUGAUUUGCGAGUGAAUAAGUGUGGAGCCCAGCGUGUCAACAGCAACCUGCAGGUCAUCUGUGAUAAAAUAUUUCGACACUGGUUCUCUUCAACUCACAGGAGCCCUGCCAUCUCCCCACAGCUGCGGCUGCAGCUACAGCAGACUGUUCAGGAGUGUGCUCACCAUGGGGUGCCCUCGGGAAACGCCAGGACUGCCUCCUCCAGUGUGUUCUGGAAGCUUCGAUGGCUCCUGCAGGCCACUCUGAGAGAGCUGCAGGAUGUGGAGAAGUAGCUGUUUUCUUGCCUUAGUCAUCCGGGUGGACAGAGGAAGUGGCCUUUGGAGUGAUAUCUUUUGUGGUGGCCAUGCAAAUGCGCUGUCUGUGCUGUUGACAUGGCCUUCUGAAGUGUGCAAUUUACUUCCCCCUUCUGUGAUGUGGACCACCCUCGCUCCUGCCCAGGUUGGUUCGAUUUUAUUUGGUGCUGACCUCUGUCCUGUCACUCCCUCAGAAGUGAGUGAAGGGAGAAGAUUCUGAGUACUUGACCUGUGGAGUUGCCCAAUCCUCUGAGAAGUGGAAGCAUGCCCUGCCAUUAGCGUCAAAAGGCUCCCGUUAGCCAUUAGCAAGCUAAAGUGUGAGCGUACAGAUGAGUGUGUUUGCAAAAGAGUGUGCACAUACGUGUGUACCCAUGAGUGUGUGAACUUGUUUGUAUAUAUGAAUGAAUUCUGUGUAUAAAUGAGUAUGUUGAUGUGUGUAAAUACACAAGGGUUGUAUGUACAUGAGUGGGUUGUGCACAUAGUCUCAUGGUUAUGAGUGUUCCUUCGUGUGUGUGCAUGUGCAUGAAUGAGUCAGUCUGCCUGUGAAUCUGUGCUCACGGAUGAAUCAAUGGGGUGUGUGCAUGUAUACACAUGGAGUCGAAUAAGUGUGUUGGCAUGUGGAGCUUGUGUGGAGGGGUGGCUCUCUAAGUGUGUCCUCUAGGAAUCUUGCUGGCAGAGAAGUGUCACUUUUCUCCUGUAAUUAAAUGCAAUAAAAUGUGUCUUUGGGAGCAUGAUUUGCAUUGGAGGGUAUGUGGAGGGGCAGCUUUUAGUGCUUUUCAUUCUGUGGAUUUUUAGCAGCACAGCGCAUCUUCCUUCUGAGCGGGGACCAUGUGUAUGCACCAUGGAGACCGUUUAAGUAGAGUGCUAGUGUGAGUUCUGACCACAAACAACUGGGGAGCAGCUCGUUUGUGCCCGCUGACUGACGGCCUGGCCAUGGGCAUCAUCAGGCCGUGCUGUGGCGCCAUGCGCUCUUUGAUGGACUUGAUGAGGGUCUUCUGAGAUGGCAGACUCAUGCAAAGCAGACCAAACUCCAUGUUGCUCCCCAACAGAGGGUGCCGCGUGGAUCUGGCAAGCUCAGUACCCUGCAAGAUCUUGCUUCUGCUCAGAUCAGGGAUCUCUGGUUUCUCAAUGGCCCCAAACGGCUACAAGUCACAGGAGAGGGGGACUCAAAAAAGAUGUGAUGUCUUGAGGAUUUGGAAGGUGUGCCAGUGGCUUUUAAGGAAGAAAAAAAAUUGAAGUUUUAAACAUGUACAAAAUGGCAGACACCUCACCCUUGUCUCUUCACAUACAACCCAGAGAAUUGCCCCUCGAACUUCCACGGAUGCACUUCUUAGGACCAUGCACCCGCUGCAUCCUGUUUACCCUGCACAGCGACAUGAGAGGAUACGGGACACCUGGGUUUCACACCAGCCCCAAUGCUAUCCUGAAGUCUGCUUGGAGGUGCACAUUUUCUGCUUUGCCCACCCCACCCCCAUUCCACCCACCAUCAAUUUGCCAGAUAAGGCUGACUUUCUUAAAGGGUUCCUCCAUCCACAUCUGAAGACUUGCUUUCAGUUUGUGGGUUACUCCGUGGCAGAAGGAAAGUGGAACCCCAAGCUACCCAGGUCCAGGCUCGUGGGAUCUCACAGCCUGGCCUGCAGAGUGAGGCUCCCAUUUCCCAGCAGGACCAGAGGCAGCUGGUCCUCUUCUGGGCAGAGUCCACUGAGAAUGGAAGAGUCAGUGGGGGAAGAUGGUGUGAGACAGUCCAAGAGGCUGAGGGGAAGCUCUGGGGCUCUGAAUCUUAGGUACUUGUGGUCUUACAGUCAAUGAGUCCACCCCGGAGUGACAGAAGUGACACACUUUCCUUAGUGGCCCCAAGCUUACUGGCCAGCAGAUGUUUUCAUUUAACUCCAAAUGGAAAUAAAUGGUUUUGUUUGUUGUGGA